AUGACUUGCAAUCACAAACCUUAUCCCCGGAGGACAAUAGACUCUCGCAUCGUGGUUUAUAGAAGCAACCAUAUGCACCAGGUAGAAAAACUCUACUUGAGUUGUAGCCAGAAUCUGCAGCUCAAACCUGUUAUUGCGCGACCUCUUUCUCAAAUUAAGAAGUUGUCAGAGCAUGUAAAAUUGCGAAAAGAAAUGGAAAAGGAACUUUUGUAUACCUAG